CUUGUGUGUAUGAUGCAAAUAUGGGUUUAGGCACAACAUAUGUAUCUACGAGUCAGUUAUUUUUCGGCGUAGCCAGCUGGGGGUGAAGGUCGUCGCCAAAAUACGACGAUGAUGAUGUCAUCGGAACUUCAGAGGCGAAAUUCUGAACCCGUCAAAUCCAGUCUCUUGGACAAAAGUUCACGGACGAUAUACGGGGACGGGAGACCAGGCUCGCUGGAAGAUCUGAGUCGGAGCAUAUCCCAAAAUUAUGUCACGUGUCAAGAGAUUGUGGCGAGCACCAACAAGCAGAGGGAAAAACUCGCUUUAAGCCCGGACGAGGGAUACGGCACGGACAAAAACUCGUCCGCCUCACCGCACGGCUACGGUGCGGACAAUCGGCCAGGCAAGACCUUACCCACCUCGUCUCCUGUGUCCUCGCUCAACUCCGUGGACGGACCCUCGCGCGGCCAAAUGACAAAUGCCCAAACCACGACAGUUCUAGGAAGUCCAACCGUAAUGCACCGGGGGACAACUCUUCAAGGCAGCAGCAGAUCAUCUGUAAACAAACAUGGCGGAGUUCCUGCCAAAAGGCGUGACGCACAGAUGGAAACGUGGGACGCAAGUCUCGAGGACCGAAUUCGCGCCCUUACCACCAUAGAGGAGGAAGACUCUGGAUUCGGCUUCUUCGAAAGGAAGAACACGGCCGAUCCUUUUGUCAGGAACGGCUCGCUGCGACUGUCCAAGGAAUUCACGGGUAGUCCCAGACUUGCGAGGCACAACCAACUUCAUCUCAGCGAACGCUCCAAUCACCAAGAGCCUCCUGAUGGCUACUUCCGGGCCGAGCCUUUGGCGGUUGAGCCAGAUUUACAACGGCAUGCCGGCAAUGGGUUUAGUCAUGGAAGCAGCCAAGCUGCUAUGAGCGGUGGUAGAAAUGUGCAAGCGCUUCAGCGUGGUGCGUCAACUCGUGUGGAGGGUGAUGGCUGGAAGGACUACACUAGCUACUUUAAAAAAGACAACGAGAUCCCCUUGCAUAACAUCGAUCCAGCCGGAAGGCCAAAGUUCACAAAUGCCAGGGUGGAUGAUAUGCCAGACAUGGAAAUUAACAGGCAAAUCGGAACGGGGUCACCAGCUCGUCACAAAAACAGCUCCGUGUUCAGCUUGAUUCUUGAUGACGACACAGAUGGCUUUCCCGGUGUUAAUCACAUUGACCAAGGGAAAUAUUCUGCGCUCGGCGAUGAAUCUUAUAAGACCACGGGAUGCCUGGGUCAUGAACAUCAAUGGGAUGGUCAAGCUUUUCAACAGCUAAGGGGAGGACAGCCCCCAUAUGGUCAAGCUAAUGGGCAGCUUAGGGAUGGUCAAAACAUUGGACAGCUGAGGGGCGUUCAAGACAUAGGAUAUCAGAUGGGUGGUCAAUAUUAUGGACAAGCAAAUGAUGGUCAAGAGAUUGUACAUUUGAGAGGUGGGCAAGAUAGUGUACAGUUAAGAGGGGGCCAAGGCAUAGGACACCUGAGCAGUGUACAAGAUUUCAGACAACUAAGGGAUGGUCAAGAUUUAGAACAAUUAAGGUCUGGGCAAAAUUUUGGACAGGUAAUUGGUGGUCCAGACUCUGGACACAGCAGAGCACCACAACAAGGUAGGGAGUCAGUUCCUCUGGGGUUUCAUCAAAGUUCCAGGCAGCACUUUGUUAUGAGUUCAAUGCCUGACUUGACAUUACGAGACCGGUCCUGGACGCCACAUGCUGGAUCCGAGUCUUUGCAGCACCAACACUACAGUCAACACCACCUACAACAGCCUCGACAAAGUACACAGCAGUAUCACCCCCAGGAACAGUUGCGACAGCAGUCGCCACAUCUCUACGAACAGCAGGGAAACGCACGCCCUCAAGUUGAGUCGCCGCGACAGCAGAACUUACUACCACCUCAGUCGAACCGCUAUUUGAACCAACACGCCCUCUACAGUUCCUCCAUGGAUGUGUACGAUCUCGGUCACUCGGCAUAUUAUGGUGGUGUUGAUGAUGACGAUGUUGUUAUGAGGCAAUCACGCCCACCAGCUUCAGCAUCUUACCCCAACAGAUCUUCGUGGCAGUCGGGUAGCCCGCUUGACCCCCGGCAGCUUCUAGAAGUGGAUAGAUUCAAGCCGGCAUCAACAGAAAGAUCCACUUUGGACCUGGGAAAUAUCCCGCAGCUCCAGCGACAAAUCCGAGCCACGUCUGAACUAUGCCUGCAGGCAUCUCGCAGACACAUGUUUGCAUCUUCAGCUGAUAUUUAUAAACUAUUCUCGGGUCAGAAAAAGCCACCUGUUCCAACGACCCAGUCCGUGGCGUAUGAAAACCCUGACGUUAAAGUAGAGAUCAACAGUCGCUCCUCGUUGCCAUCCGGUAACUGGUCUCAAAACAACCCGGCCAGUAGGGAAUCUAUUCAGGAAUCUGCGAGAAUAAAACCAAAGCUUAGAGUGGUAAUGCCCCCCUCAUCUCUGUCGAGUUUUCCACCCCCCGGCCCGCUCAGAGCUGACCAUACCAUCAAUGUACCCCCGGCCACCUGGACGAGUGUUUCAUCCCUCCCCAACACUGUCACAUCGGAUGAUGACAUAAUUUCCUAUCAAAGAUCUAGCCAGGUCAUGUCAGCUCACGCUGAUUUAGAGAGGUACAACUUCCAAAGGCCAGUGUCAGCUGUCACAGAUAUUGACAGACCAAUGUUCCAAAGACCCGUCUCAGCUGUUAUAGACACUGACAGGCCAAUGUUCCAAAGAUCAGUCUCAGCAUCUACAGAUAUUGACAGACCAUUGUUCCAAAUACCAAUAUCAGCUGUUACAGACAUUGACAGACCAAUGUUCCAAAGACAAUCAAGCGGAUAUUCAUCAGAAACUGAACUCCAACAAAUAGAAUUCAACGCAAAGGCUGUGAAGAAACUUCAACAGCACCAACAGAUGCAAUAUUUACAAGGUGCAUCGCAAGAGUUUCUUCCUUUAAACAGAUCGCUCGACCGUGACUCCAACACUGGCACGGACCACACUGACGACGAACCUGUCUACGUCAACCAAUUAGCUUUGAAUAGGGAUAGAACAAUGGACUCGAAAAACCAAACUUUGCCAGAAGCUUGGCUUCCCCCAACAUCCUUAUCGGAGCGCCGCCCAUCCGAUGGUGAAAACCAUGAUCUAAAUCAAGAGAAAAUGUGGACAUCUAAUUGGAAACUUCAACACUCGAAUCCCAUGGCAGCUUCCAAAUUAAAUACCGGUACCCAAGGGAUACCUAGUGUAAAUACUGACAAUCAGGGCUUCAAUCAAAGUGGCAUCACUCAGAAACAGGUGAUCAACUUUAACAGCAGACCAGUUACCAUCACCAGUCAUAUACCACCUAGACAUACACCGCCACUCCAGGCAUCAUUUACUCACUUACCCUCCAGCCAUUCGGCGUCAAUUCAAAUGCCAUCCAGCAGCAUCCUAUCGGGUCACAAUCACAUUUCAUCUAGUCACACACCGUCCAUUCAAAUGCCACCUAGCAACACCCCAUCAGGUCACCAUCACAUUUCAUCCAUUCACACACCAUACAGCCACUCGUCAUCCAACUACACAUCAUCCAGCCACACAACAUCCCGUCAAACAUCAACGAACAACAAACCACCCAGUCAUGCAUCAUCAGAGAGCACAGCGUCCAGCCGCAUACUCCCAAGCAGCACAUCAUACAGCCACAUAACACACAGUCACACGUCACCCAGUCAUACAUCCUGCCAAACACCAUCCAGUUAUACAUCUUCCAGUCACAUACUAUCCAGCCACACAUCAUCCCUGCCAAUGACAUCCGGUCAUUCGCCAUCCAGCAACGCAUCAACUAGUUACAGACCGUUCAGUCACCCAUCAUCUAACCAUAUAACAUCCAAUUCUUAUGGAGUCCAAGACGGUAACAACGUCAUCACUCCAGCCACCCAAACCACACCUUCCAACACUAACAACACAUUAACCAAAGCACAGCAUCCCAACACAACAAGUUGCUACACACCACAGCCAGUUCUGUCGUUUUAUAACAUUAAUGAUAAAAGUAGCAUGUCCGGUCAAAACCGAACAGGGAGUAGGAGCUCUGUCCAGCUGUCUCCUGUACAGAUAGCCCAGAUACUGGACUCACCAUUUGAAACGAAUAUUAUAUCGGACGAACAAGGCGACAGACUUUCCACUUUAGUUUAAAUUUAUUUAUUUAUUAAUCAUCAUACAUACAAUUAAAGAGAAGAGAUUUUUUUUUUUUUUUAAUUUUGAAAUCAGUGCUGCCUAGUUAUUCAAGUUAGACAGGGGGUCAACGUGUAAAGCACAGAGUCUUUUCUUUUAUGAAACUAUCGAAAUAAAAAAAAAAUUAAAUUUGAACACAACCUCACCUCUAUUCAUAGCUACAAAUUAUGUUAACACUAAUUUAAAUGACUCCUACAAAUGUAAACACUAAAGCAAAAUAUGUAAGCUCUUCUUGAAAAAACAACCACACAUAAUCAUUACAAACUGCGUCCAUCCAUUAUGACCGUACCAUAGCGUGAAUUAAAUAUGUGUCUAGGAAUAUUAUAAUAACAUCAAAUUCAUCUUCAACUCACCUGCACCUCGAAUGCCUCGAACAUAUUUUCUCUGGGUUUUUUUAUUUUUUUUUUUUUUUUUUUCAAGCAUAGAAGCAAAACACAAUCUAUUUUCCACAAUUAAUAUUUUAAAAAAUAAUUAUACUCUACUAUAAAUUAAACUAUUUUAUUAAUGUAGAGCCUUUUGUCAACAGUAUUGUGCCACCUUUUACAAGUAAAGAACCUAAUUAUUUUUCAUUGUAAACUUUGAACAAUUUUUUUUUCUGAGCCCACAUAUUAUGGUCCAGC